AUGAUUGAAAUACAACCACUACACAACAUGCUAAUCAACAGCAAAAAAGGAGUACCUGCUAUAAAGGUUCAGGUGCUGCCUAAUUUCAGAUCAUAUAAUGGUGCUAUGAUUCGCCAAGCGUACGAACGUAUGAAUCCGCGUUACUAUAGGGAAGCUAAUGUGAAGAAGGUGUUUUCGUUAGGGCUGAUCCUUGAAAAUCAGACGUUCACUGUGGUUCAAGAUGAACACGUUCGUGGAUGUUUGCGAAUAAUGGGACGACUUUCCAGAAAAGGCGUUAAGAAACUACCUGUAGUCAUGUCAUUAGAAGUAGAGGAAGAGUUGGCUUCCCCAUUGAUUCGUUUCAUUCCUGACUCACCUUCGGCUUUGGCUGAACAGCUAGCCAGAUAUGCUGCCUACGACAUUGAAAACUUCCAGAAGGUACCCCCCCACUUGAUUAACCAAGGAGAAUCGUUUAUGAUUUAUGCAGAGGGACAGAUUAUUUUGCUUGGUACAUGUUUGGUUCAAGCGAUUGAUACAUUUGUUAAAUUUUUUAAUGUUUUCAAUUAUAAGGUGCCCCCGGAAAAAAAUAACCAUACAAUAACCAUAAAAUAA